UUAACUAUCUAUGAUUUUAACCUUAAAAGUCUCUUAAAUCAAGUAUAGUAAACUGAAAAUACAUGUAUUAAUAAAAGUUGAAUACCGAAAUGUGUUAAAUGAGAAUACGUUGAGAAAAUGCAGUUUAUAAGAGCAACUACAAAUGUGGUCCUCAGCAAUAGCAGUUUCCUGAAGCUUAAUUUAGUAAAAACUAUCUGGACGUCUAAACCAUCGUACUUAAAAGAAGUACGUGAAAUUGAAAAGGGCAGUGAACUAAUAGUACAAGGAGUAAAUUACCCAUCACCUAGAGAAAAUUACUUGCUUAAGAACACAAAUGCAUCUGUUUGCCCUAUAUGUAGCUCAGGACUAGAUAUUAAACAUACAGAUGUGUUAAUUUUAAGUCAAUUUGUACGAUCAGAUGGCUGUGUUCUUCCGCGAAGGAUUACUGGUUUAUGUAGAAGACAACAAAAAAGGGUUUCUUCUUUGGUAGCAAUGGCACAAAAAGCAGGAUUGAUGUCCAACUUAACUCCAGCGAACAGUAAAAAGGAUCCAAAGAAAAGACGAGGUUGGAAGAAAUACAAUAAAUAUUUUGAUGAGUCAACUAUUAAAUUAAAAUAAAUGUAGCAUAUUGAACAUGAUAAUGAAAAGUGUACUGGUUUUAAUUGAGUUGUGAUACAUGUUUAAGAAAUUAAAAGAUUUGUCAAAUGUAAUGCAGCAUAUAUGCUGUAUUUUGUAUUUUCAACUCUACUCAAUAAAUACAAAAAAAAGAGUAUUCAA